AUGUCUUCUUCUGAACCUACGGCCGCCGCCGCCGCUACGCCUACCCCCGAUGAUGCGGCCCCGCGAGCGGAGCUCGAUAUCACCAAGCUCCAUGCGCUGCCCUCCGAACAGCAGGACCUGUAUCUCCUCACGUUUACCUCCGAAUUAGUCCAACAUGUAUCUGUACUGGACAAAGCGCAGAUAUCAUCCCAGCAGAAGUUCCUGAAGAAGGAACUGUUCAAGAUCCUUACCCUAUCUUCGCCGACGAUUACUCGUGUUAUCCGCAACAACUUGGGACGAUGUUUCGGAGCUAUACUGGGCAAGGGGGACCGUGGAAUACUGUUUGAAACUGUAACCGAUCUGCUGGGGGUCUUGAACGCAGGGAAGAGUGAGGAAUUGAAGACGAAAUUCGCCGCGGCGCAUUGUUUAGGAGAGGUCUUUGCGGCUGCUGGAGAGAGCGCCUUUGCGCAGUCGGGCCUUGUGAUCUCGAGCUUGCUCAAGUUGCUUAAACCUUCUGCCAACCAUACCGGUCUCCGUGGCUCGAUAUUCUCUGUAAUACGAAAAGUGGUCGUCGGGGCUGGGGUUCCGGUGGACGAAACAACGGCCCGUGAUGUCUGGAAACAAGCUCGCAAUGCAGCAACCAGUGACAAGUCGACGUUCGUCCAGCUUCAUGCUUGUCGCUGUAUUGAGCAUUUAGUGAAGGUGACGCCCUACUUUGACAAUUCGAAUGACUUCGACAAUCUGAAAUCUGUAAUCUGGAAAGUCAUCGACAGCCCCGUUGCUCCCGUUCGGCAUGCCGCUGCCGCUUGUUUGGCCCGAAUCUUGGUUAAGCUUCAUUCGCCAGAUACCCGGAUUCAGCCUGCUCCUAAGCCCAAGAAAUCGAAGCGAAUGUCCAAGAAGCCGACACCCAAGCCGGGAGAGGAUGAGGAUGAGGCGGAAGUUUCAGAACCAUCGACCCCCAAGAAGUCAGAGUCGCGUCUGUUCUUCCUUCUGCCUGACCUUUUCCGUCAAUUGUCGACACAGUACAUGCGCAGCACCACCACCAAUCGUGCCCGGGCAGCUAUUGCCGUCUGCUACAAGCAUGUCCUGCGCAACCUGGGCAACAAGUUCAUCGAAGAACGCUAUGGCCAAAUCGCACACCACCUCCUGUUCGAGCUUCUCAACCAUCCCACCGUGACAUAUAAUCGUUUUCGCCUUCUCAUGACGAGGAAGUUUGUCAAGAGUAUCUUGGAAGACACGAUUGGCCGUGAAUCGCUCCGGGAGAACAGCCAACUCAAUGCAGCGAAGUGGUUGAUCAACGAGAUUCUCAAGGAUUACCCCCAGGUCAUUCAGGAACGCCGCGAACCCAGCAAGUAUACCUUGACAAGCACGCUCAGUGCGUUGUCAUCUUUGAUCAGUUCCCUGGGCUCCGCUUUUGGCACAUUGGCUGAGAGCUGUCGUGAGGCUCUGAUUCAAGUCCUUCCCCAUCCAAGCUAUACUGUUCAGAUCCAUUCUGCGCACUGCUUGCGGGCAUUUGUAUUAGCUUGCCCGCAUCAGCUUCUAUCAUGCGUGACGAUUUGCCUGAACAGCCUGAGCAGGGAGAUCGGUCAGCUAUCCACACCUCGACAGUCACCACGCCGCUGUGUUGCCUAUGCAAACGGGCUUUCGGCCAUGCUGAGCACGUCUCGCCUGCAGCCUCUUUACGGUUCUGUGGAUGUUUUUGCUCGCGUUUUUACCCAGGCUACCAAUCUAUUGAAGACAAGCACCAGCUCCGAACUACGUGCUGCAGGCACACAGGUCCAAGUUGCCUGGAUUCUGAUCGGAGGACUGAUGCCCCUUGGUCCCAGUUUUGUGAAGAUACAUCUCUCACAGUUGAUGCUACUAUGGAAGAAUGCCCUUCCUAAACAUAUGGGCAAAGAAAGCUUUGCUCAGCGUGGAAACCUGGAGAUUAGCUUCCUCACCCACGUCAGGGAGUGCGCCCUGAGUUCAUUGCUAGCGUUCAUGGAAUUCAACGCCAAAUUGAUUACGUCCGAUGGCGCGAAAAGAAUAGCUAGUAUGUUGCAGAACACUGUUGACUUCCUUCAUGACCUUCCCCGACAAAAGUCUGCCGAAGAUCUGUCCCAGCGGCUCCACCCGUCAUUGCAGUUGCAUGAUCUCGCCACAAUGGUUCGUCGACGAGUGCUUCAGUGCUUUUCCAAAUUGAUUCACAUCCACCAUCUUAACCCCGGCGAGAUCAUCUCCCAGUCAAGCUUGCUGGGUCUUGCAAUCUCAUCGUUUGCGGACCCGGAUUCGACACAAGCUAGUCCUUUGGAGAGCUCUAUCGCAGCUUCUAGUAGUCAGUUCGAGACUCUGUGGGAUCUAUGCGACAAUUUUGGAUUUGGCGUCACGGGGUUGGUUAGGGAGUAUAUCGGUGCGACAUUGUCUGGAAAGCAUGAUAAUGACAACGGACCAGCUUGGUCCGCUGUUGAGUCUGGGGACCAGGCCAUUGAUGAUGCUUUGACUUUCCCGAUUUGCCAAGCAAGCGAGCAUGAUUCUGUUCUCCUGUACUGUUCCAGAGAUGGCGACGCUCUUCACGCUGACCCUCCCGCCACCGGGGUUGUCAAUGCUUCCAUUGAUCUGUUUUCAGUUGCCAUCCCAUUGCAUGCCCCGAAGGUCCAGGAAAGCACCGUGGAACAAAUUGCAACGUUCCUGUCUUCCCCGGCCCUUCAGCGUAAUCCUGGGCGCAGAGCUGCGAUGGUGGUCAAUGUUGCUGUCGCUCUGCUUCAAGCCCUGAAAGUUGCUGUUAAAGAGGCAGGUUCGGCCGCGGGCAGAUUGAAUCCUGCUACCGAUAAGAUUCUACAGGAGCUUUUGCAGAAAUUCAUCAUCGACGCUGAUCCAAUUGUUCGGACGAUUGGCUCUGAGGCGCUCGGGCGACUAUGCUACAAUUCUGGAAAUACCUUUACCAACACGGCAAUCAACUGGCUUGUGGACACCAUCGUUGAGAUCCGGGAACCUAACGCUCGUGCUGGCUGUGCUGCUGCUUUGGGUUGUAUCCAUUCCCAGAUCGGUGGUAUGGCGGCUGGUUUGCAUUUGAAGACUAUUGUCGGCAUCUUGAUGUCUCUGUGCAACGACCCACACCCUGUAGUCCAUUUUUGGGCACUCGGAGGGUUGGAAAGAGUUUCUAACUCUGCGGGCUUGACAUUUUCCCCCUUCGUGUCCAGCACGCUCGGAAUGCUUGCCCGACUAUACAAUGCCGAUACCCACAACGAAGAAUCUACAACGUUGGCAACCUCCAACAUUGAAUUAUCCUUCCUUACACCUGUCGUCGUUAGUCGCUGUGUUGAUUCCCUGAUUAACGUUCUGGGACCCGAUCUUCAAGACAUCGCUAAAACGCGCAACCUCAUCCUCACGCUCCUCCGACAGUUCCAGCUAGAGGACAACCCAGCUCUGGUUACUGAAAGUUCGAAGUGCUUGGAUCACCUGUCGUUAUAUGCAUCUGGAUACGUGGACUUUGCUGGAUAUGUGAAGCGACUUCAGAACGAACUCACUGCCAGUAACCCAUUGAUGAGGGAUGUGGCAACCGGAGGUUUGAGCAACCUUAUGAAGAGAGACGCCGCGUCUGUCAUCCAGACUGCCGCGCCUGGCCUUGAAGAGCAAAUCUGGCUCGCAUUCGACGAUACUCCCGACAAUACAAUACUCAAGAGCAUGAUCCAGGACUGGCUGCAACAGACGGCGCUUACAGAAACUGAACUGUGGAUUCAACGGUGCCAUACCAUCCUGACCAAGACCCGUACCAAAUCAGAUGAGCCCCCACCGCCAUCUGCUGCUCCCAAGACCGCUGGCGGUGAUAUACAAGACGAUGAAGUGGCUGGCUUCGCGUCUGCUGUUGGUGAAGGACAAGCUGAGGCACCAGGUGACACUGUUGCGGGCCAGGAGUUGCUGAAAUGGCAGACUCGGAACUUUGUUAUGGAGUGUCUUAGUGAACUAUUAGCGACGGUGCAAGAGGCGAUCUUGCCUGACCAGACGAUCCCUGCUGAACUUGCCCUGCAGCACAAGGUCGGUGAUAUUGUCCGGAUGGCGUUCUCAGCGUCUACGGCGAAUGUUGUGGGAUUGAGGGUGUGGGGGUUGAAGAUUAUUGAUCAAGUUCUUAAGAUGUUUGGCAAAACUCCAGAUCCGGACUUUAUAGAGGCGUCCCUGCUCGAACAAUACCAGGCUCAAAUUGGUUCGGCUCUUACGCCGGCCUUUGCGGCUGAUUCGUCGCCCGAGUUGGCUUCUGAGGCUAUCAAUGUGUCUGCCACGUUCAUUGCCACUGGUAUCGUGACCAAUAUCGAGCGGAUGGGAAGAAUUCUCAAGUUGCUGGUGCUUGGCCUUGAGAAUUUCUCUAAAAACCCGGAUACCACUGAGAUUGGUGACCUGAAGGGACUGAACUCGAACGCGAAGGUCAUGGUCAAGUUGGCCCUCUUCUCGGCCUGGGCCCGACUACAGAUUGCGAGCAUUGAACAGGAAUACUUGACACAAGUAGUCCAGCCUCAUCUUGCAACGCUUACUCCGCUGUGGCUCUCGUCACUUCAGGAAUAUGCGCGCUUGAGAUUCGAGCCGGAUAUUUCGGGAAGUCUGGGAACAGGCCCGCUUACUGGCAACUUGGACGAGGUUUAUGCUGCGCUGAACCGGGAGACUUUGCUGAAGUUCUAUCAGGAUACUUGGUUGAACCUUGUCGACGCCAUCGCCGGUCUCGUCGAAAAGGACAUAGACUUCGUUUUCGAUGCGUUGGAUGGCCGAUCGAAGCCCGAAGAGCCCAACGAAACUGAGGGUGACGAAGAGAAAGAGACGAAUGGUGUCACAGAGGGCAAGGGCCACGAUAUCAAUUACCGUGACGAACCAGUUGCGUUCUUUUUCGUCCUUUUCGGAUUGGCGUUCGAAGCUCUUGUUGGCCAGUCGACUUCGCCAGCGCAAAGACUGGAUAUCCUUCAGGCUCUUCGGAGAAUUCUGCGACCUGUCAUAUCUGGCAAUGCUAUCUACCAGGAGGCUAUUUUCGGGGAGACGAUGGAUAGCCUGGACCGUUUGGUGUUGACUGAGAGCAUUCCCAUCCAGAACGUCAUCGUUGAGAUAGCCCGGAAUUUGUCUCUGGACCACCCGUCCGCCAAGAGUGGACAGGCACGAAGUGACCAUCUUUCUGACGAUAUCGAGCAGCUUUUCGAAUUGACGAGGAGUAUCAUUCUUGUGCUUGCGGGAUUGCUACCUAACCUCCGUGAAGCUACACCACUUGCGCGGUUUAACGUGUCGUCUGAAGACUCAUUAUCGCUAAUCCGUCUUUCCCUGUCUUCUCUCGUUGAUGUUGCCUCGAUAUUCCCGUCCAUCAUUCGCGACGAUCUCCACGCGUGCAUCCUACACAUCUUCAGCACUAUACUGGCCACUGGGAUAUGCCAAGCGGAAGUGGUGCCGCAAGCGCUUCCGAUCUUCAAGAACUUCGUCCACUGGAUCACGCACCCGAGCGACAAUGAGCCUGAAAUCUUGGAGAACCUCACCGUCGUAUCUCACCAGCUGCGCGGCUGCUUGACCCGCUUCCUUGCCACCCUUACCAUCGCUCAGCGUCGAGAAUCCGAAUCCUCUCUCCCCUGCGCCAGGAACACACUCCUGGCUAUCACCAUCCUCCUAACUACAGGUGGUCACGUUAUCCCACCACAAGAUCCUGUCCUCCCUCAGAUCCUGAACGAGCUCCUCGACUGCUUGCAGGACGUGGGUCUUGCAAACGUCGCAGCAGGGUGCAUCCGCUCUAUCCUCCUAGCACCGAACCCACGAUCUCCUACAGACGAGGUCAUCGCCCGCUACUUAACUCCAAGACUCAUCGCCUUCCUCGUCAGCUGUCCCAUGGAGAACGGCGAAGUCCCCAACGACCCCGAAGGAUGCCGGACCAUCAUUGCACGCACGCUAGUCAACUGCGUCAGCCACGGUACUUUCGCCGCAAAUGAGAUCCCAUCUGCUAUGUCCCUAGUUUUCUCCACACUACUCGCGCGCGGGAAACGCGAAGGACGAGCCGUGUACAAGGAAACAGCGGGACACUUGCUCGAACUUGCGAAAUCGGACCAGAUGGUAUUCCGUGCGAUGGUUGCGAGUAUGAAUGCUGAGCAGAAGGCGUUGCUGGAGGAGGUGUUGAGAAAUGUGGAGGUUGAUUCUGGUGCUGGUAAUAAGGCUGCGAAGAAUAAUGGGGAGCAGCAGGAGGAGCAGCAAAGUGGACCUAGUAUUGCGUUGAGAUUUGAUUUUUAG